UCCAUUGGGUUAUAUAUUUGCUUUUUUUCCUUAUGCGGAGGUAAAGUAGCUGACAUAUUGGGACUGGGUUCGAAAUGUUGCUAUGCACGUCUAAGUGUAUGUCUGUAAUAAUCGUUGUCACCAUGGUAAAAUCACCACGUUACCUCUCCCAUGGAUGCUUUCAGACCGAUGUGAAAAUGAUGUCAUUGCACCAUUGAGUUACUGCACCAUCAAGUUGUUUCCUCGCUCUACCUUACAGUAUUCCGGGGGAUGCAUGUUUUUGCCAAAAUUGUGAAAGCUAGUGCCAUUUCCUGAUGUUCUGUAAGCAAUUGCCUGCAGAGCAAGCCAUUUCGAAUGGAUCCAGGCUACAGGUUGAGGGACCGAGAAGGUGAAGUGGAGAAUCCAUUCAGAAGAACAGCUACAGCAGAACAGUCAAGACGAAAUCCUAGAAGAGGGGAUGUAUUCACCAUUUACCAAGGUAGAAAGGCAGCCUCUGCAGAAAGAGCUUUACCACAAGGAUAUCAUCGUAACAGGAACCAGAGAAAUGCCACAGGAGCACCAGACAGAAAAGGUGCACCACAUCCCAGGAGAGCACUUUCAACACCUAGGCCAGGAGAGUUGCUCCCAACCAAAGAGUUUGGAGAAAGGAACCAAGAUCGUAACUUUAAUCACAAUCCCAGGAAUGCAGAUGGGAGGCAAAAUGGUCCCAGGGCGAAUCGGAACACAGCUGGUAGAGCCCCCAACGUUCAGGGCAAUUGUCAAGGCCCCCAGCAGGGUAAGAGGGACCAGCAUAAUGAACAUAGACAUGAACCAUGGAGAAGGAAUGACUUUCCUGAGGGAGGCAGAGGAAGACAGGCUGAAACGCAGGAUAAUUUGCACCAUCAGGAAAGGAGAUCUCACAAAGUACACACAAAGGACAAAGAACACAGUGUGAGAAAGUUAGGUUAUAAAGCACUGGAGAACCUUCUGGAUAAAGAGCCAUCUGAAAUUGUUAUAACAUUAGCUUGCAGUUCUGGCCUGAAAGAUGUAUUAAAUAAACAACUAGACAUAGGUUUUAUCCAACUCAUUUGUAAAGUUUUGCAUAAGGCUUGUCAGUCUAAGACUGAUCGUCAGAGCAUUCAACAUCUCUUGGGCAUGGUAAAGGACUCUCAAUUUCUGAAGGUUCGAUUGCCUCAUUAUGUGGUUCAGAUGAGUACAGAUUCGGUGCCUGUCCGUAGAGAGCAGUACCCUGAACAUAUUGAAAGAAUUUUGUUCUUGCUUCAGGAAUUAAUAAGCAUCUUUCCAGCCAGUUCAGUUCAAGAGGUGUCUAUGGUAAUUUUGGUAUUGGACCCUACGGUGAAUACACUACGGGCUGCUGGGGUUUCAAUUGGUGAAGAGAUUGAAAAUAGUAUGGAAAAGAUAAAAAAUAUAAUUCAACACUUACAGCAGAGAAAGCGAGAUGGAACUCUCAAAAAUGACACCCUUAUGUUGCUAGACAAUAAGGAAACAAAUCCUGAAGACAACUACAGAAGAAUGACCAUCUAUCCUACUUACAAUGAGGUGCAUCUUGAAGAGAAGCCAUUUCUGCGACCUAAUCUAAUUACUGAAAAAUAUACAAAUGCUGAAGUGUACCUCGACACCCAUUUUCGUCUUCUGAGAGAAGACUUUGUGAGACCUUUGAGAGAAGGUAUCUUAGACUUGCUUCAUAAUUAUGAUGGCAAAGGCCUGAGGAGGAAAGUAUUUGAUGACAUCAGAGUAUAUUUCAAUACCCGCAUCUUAGUCCCCCUGUGCACGGCUAGUGGUGUUGGGUAUAAAGUUCAGUUUGACACGCAGCCCUUGAGGUUUGUCCGGUGGCAAAAUUCAAAGCGUUUGCUGUAUGGUUCACUUGUGUGUAUGUCAAAAGACAACUUUGAGACAUUACUUUUUGCAACUGUGUCAGAUAGGGAUCCUAAGAAACUCAAAGAAGGUGUUGUCUAUCUGUCCUUUAAUGCACGAAGCCGGCCCCUGCUAGCUGAAGUAGAACCUUCAGAUUGUUUUUUGAUGGUGGAAACAACAGCGUAUUUUGAAGCCUACCGCCAUGUUCUUGAAGGACUACAGGAGAUAGAAGGGGAGGAUAUUCCCUUCCAGAAGUAUAUUGUAGAAUGUAACACAGAUAUCCAGGCCCCAAGAUACUUAUAUUACAAUAGCCAAUAUGACCUUGAACCACUAAUGAAGGAGAAAGCAAAACGCUCUGAGGAAAUGGACAAAGACCCAUUUCAAAUUUUGAUGAGGAACACCAAAAUCAACGUUCUCAAUAACACAUCGUGGCCGUCAAAGGAAGCAUUGAACUUGGAUGAGUCACAGAUGAAAGCUCUGAAGAUGGCACUGACUAAGGAACUGGCCAUCAUACAAGGGCCUCCUGGAACAGGAAAAACUUAUGUGGGAUUAAAAAUUGUGCAAGCACUCCUACAUAAUGAGCAAAUUUGGCAAACACAUUUGCAGAAGGCUCCAGUUUUGGUGGUGUGCUAUACAAACCAUGCUCUUGACCAGUUUCUUGAAGGAAUCUAUGGAUUUUUGCACAAUGGUCUGGUCAGAGUGGGUGGAAGGAGUAACAGCGAACUACUGAAAAGAUUCACCCUGAAGGAACUGCGGAACGCCAGGGAUUUCAGAAAAAAACUACCUCAGCACCUGCGAGGAGCCUAUUUUGAAGUAACAAACCAGAUGAGAGAAUCUGAGCAAAAGAUUUGCACUGCAGCAAAACACUUGGAGUGCACAACACAAGGAAUUCUCCAUGAACAGUAUUUGGAAAAAUACAUCUCGCCAGUGCACUGGCAGAGCUUGCAGAGUGGAUGGAUUUUUGAUAAUCAAUUUCCUGGACAAAAGCAUUCAUUACUCUUAGAGUGGUUGGGUCUUGGCUUCAUGGGUGUACCUGAAAUUCCUGGAAGAUCACCACUUAACAUGGAAAAUGCAGAUGACCAGGAAGAUGAGGAUGAGGAUAAAGAUGACGAGGAAGAAGAACUCAUUCAUAUCCCUGAGGAAGCAGAGCUCAUUCAGGCAGAGAGAGUGAUUGAUGGGAAUGAGCUAAAAACGAGGACCAGGAAGAAGGAAGAUGCUGAUAUUGCUGAACUGGCAAACACAUUGUUAGCAAUGAAUCUGAACCAAGGAACUCAGGCAGCACACCAAAUAGAAGAAGGCUGGCAACAACAACGCACACAGAAGAAGAAAAUGAAAAAGAAAGCAAAAGGGGAACUGCAGAAGAGUGGUGUUAUGUCUGCAGCAGAGCAGAAAAAAAUUACCAAUAUCUGGCUGCUCCCUCUCGAGGACAGGUGGCGUCUGUACAGAUUGUGGAUAUCCAUAUAUCAGAUGGAUAUAAGGCGACGGAUAAUCCAGCAUGAGCAGCUGUAUCAAACAGCAGCUGACAGACUGACAGAGUUAAGGCUACAAGAAGACCUCUGGGUCCUGAAGGAAGCUAAAGUUGUUGGAAUGACAACCACAGGUGCAGCUAAAUACAGGAAGGUUCUGCAGGAAGUACAGCCCCGCAUUGUGGUGGUAGAAGAAGCAGCUGAGGUUCUUGAAGCCCAUUUAAUAACAACACUCAGCAAAGCAUGUCAACAUCUCAUUCUGAUUGGAGACCAUCAACAGCUUCGUCCCAGUGCAACAGUGUAUGAUCUCGCCAGAAACUUCCACUUGGAGGUUUCUUUAUUUGAAAGGCUCGUAAAAGUCAACGUUCCAUUCGUGCGGCUGGAUUAUCAGCAUCGUAUGAGACCAGAAAUUGCUGAGCUUUUAACUCCUCACAUCUACGAGCACCUGGAGAAUCACCCAUCUGUAAUGGAUUAUGAAAACAUUAAGGGAAUUUCAACAAAUCUUUUCUUUGUAGAACAUGAUUUCCCCGAAGAAGAAAUCCGAGAAGGCAAAAGCCAUCAGAAUCGGCACGAAGCCGCUUUUGUUGUUGCACUCUGUCACUAUCUCAUCUGCCAGGAUUACUCUCCUUCUCAGAUCACAAUCCUCACCACCUAUACAGGGCAACUCUUCUGUCUGCGCAAAAUGAUGCCUUCUGAGAAGUACGCUGGUGUGAAGGUUCACGUGGUCGACAAAUAUCAGGGAGAGGAGAAUGACAUCAUUCUGCUCUCUCUGGUGAGAAGCAAUGAAUCAGGCAAAAUUGGAUUUUUGCAAAUAGCAAAUAGGGUCUGUGUGGCACUAUCAAGGGCCAAGAAAGGUCUUUACUGCAUAGGAAACAUGAGUAUUCUAGCAAAUGUUCCUCUAUGGAGCAAGAUAAUGCAUACCUUGCAUGCAAGAGGCAAUAUUGGUCGUGCACUGUUACUAUCUUGCCAGAACCACCCCAAAACAAAGACCUUAGUGUCCAGAAAGGAGGAUUUCAGCGAAGUGCCUGAGGGAGGCUGCUCCCUGCCAUGUGAGUACAGGCUGGACUGUGGUCAUGUUUGCACAAGGGCAUGCCAUCCAUAUGAUGUGGACCACAAGAAAUUUGAUUGUUUGAAACCAUGUCAGAAAGUGAUUUGUGCAGUUGGGCAUAGAUGUACAAAACGAUGCUAUGAGAAAUGUGGCAAGUGUGAAGUAAAGGUGGAGAAGAUCAUUCCUAAAUGUGGACACUUGCAGCAAGUGCCUUGUUUUAAGAACCCAGCAGAUUUUUGCUGCAAAGAACCUUGUUCAAAAAUACUUUACUGUGGACAUGAAUGUACUAUGUCCUGUGGAGAGAAAUGUGCAAAAUGCAAGAAGCAAGUUGCAAUAACCUUAAAGUGUGGUCAUGUCCAAGAAGUAGAAUGUUACAUAAAAGAAGCUGCAAAGAUUGGGAACUGUGUUCCUUGCAAACAAAAAUGUAAUGCUAUCUUGGACUGUGAUCAUAACUGUCCUGGAUCCUGCCACCUUUGCUACGAAGGUCGCUUUCAUGAGAGUUGCAAACAGCCAUGCAAGCGUUUGCUAAUUUGCUCCCAUGAGUGCUUAGAGCCCUGCACAAAACAAUGCCCUCCAUGUCAAAGGCCCUGUGAAAACCUGUGCAAGCACAGCAAAUGUGGGAAGAGGUGUGGGGCUUCAUGUACUCCGUGUGUAGAGCCUUGUGAGUGGGCAUGUAAGCAUUAUAAAUGCCGAAAGCUCUGCUCAGAGCCAUGUGACAGGCAACCUUGUAAUGAGCCUUGCAAAAAACUGCUGAAAUGUGGGCAUCCUUGUGUCGGACUCUGUGGUGAACCAUGCCCAGGUAAAUGUCGUGUUUGUGACCGUGCUGAUCUCACUGAAAUUUUUUUUGGUACUGAGGAAGAACCCGAUGCCAGGUUUGUUCAACUGGAAGACUGUCACCAUGUUUUUGAAGUAACUGGUUUUGACCGUUACAUGAAUGAUGGUGAGGGGGAAAGCAGUGAUACAGUUAUAAAGCUGAAAAGCUGUCCAAGAUGCCAAACUCCCAUCAGGAAGAAUCUGCGUUACGGAGCAAUGAUAAAAAAGAGUCUCUGCGAAAUUGAAAAAGUAAAGAAGCUUGUUCAUGGGGAUGUAGAAAAAAUCAAGCAAUGUGCAACAGAUUUGAUAGUUCAACUAAACACAUACUCCAUCAUAGCUGAACAGUUCCCAAGUCUGUAUGAAGACUUGCUCUCUUCAUUGCAGUCAUCUGGAAUGUCACUGUAUAGUCUUUCUGUCAUUGAAAAUAAAAUUUCAUUUCUUUGCAGACUUGCUAAACUUAAAAGCCAAGAGGCGAAAUUAGAUAUGUCUAUGAAAGAAAAGUUUAAUACUAAAUUAUCUGAGUAUCUAACUUGGAUAGGCAGACGUCGAGAACGAUUUACAGAACAGGAGCUUAAUGACCUGCAAAGUGAAAUUCAAAGGCUUACAUUCCUUGUUGACCUCUAUGUUCGGUGCAGUAAGGCAUCAGGGAAAAAACUGGACUCUUCAACAGAACAGACUGUUGCACGUGUACAGCACAUCCUUGAAGGCACAAGGAAAUUUACCAAAGGGGAUGAAAAAUUAGUUCAAGAAAACAUGGAAAAAUUAAAGUUGGCUCUGCCCGAAACUGCUCUUGGCAUUUCUGAUUCAGAGCGAGUAAUGAUCGUUAAAGCAAUGGCCCUUCGUCAAGGUCAUUGGUACAAGUGUCCAAAUGGUCAUGUCUAUGUUAUCACAGAAUGUGGAGGUGCAAUGGAAAAAACCAAAUGCCCAGAUUGCGAUGCAAUGAUUGGAGGUACCAACCAUGCUUUGGAGCAUAGCAACCAAGUGGCUACAGAAAUGGAUGGAGCUCAAUAUCCUGUCUGGUCAGAGACUGCAAACAAUAUGUUGAAUUUUAGAGAACUUGCAGAAUUUUUCUGAGAGUAAGCAAGGGUUCUCAUUCAUUCCUAUGCAUAAAAUCUUGGAGUGUUUACAGAAUCUUGUGGUGACUUUGCAGAACUUUGAUGAUGCUGUUGCAAGGCAUGAAUAUCAGGCUUCAUUUUAUCCAGGGGCUGUGCCGUGUGUUUUAUCCUUUGCAAAUUGAAAGCAAAAUUGAUUAGGUUGAAUUACAAUAUGUUUUGGAUUAAGUUUGUAUCAUGUGUCUUGAAACAAUUGCAUUUUAGUAUAAUUAAAUAUCGGUCAUAUAUUUAAAAUGUCUUUAAUCUAGAAAUGAUUUGAAGUUUGUAUGUGUUGCAGUCAAUGUUGAUCUGUAAACCCAAAACAAAUUAAGAGUAGGUGGACUUCCUAUUCAUUGUUUUUCACUUUGUACUCUAAUUUUAUGUUUUGCUUUUACUUGUCAUUAAAAUGCAGCUUUCAUAGUUUAUAUUUCCUCUGGAAGGUAAUUGACUAGUUUAUUGCAAAAAUGCACACUUGGAAACUGAGGGACUAACUAGGUUUGUAUAGUUGAUUUUAUCCUUUACAAAUGAAUGCCACUGUCCCUCCUACUGAUGGUAAAUUUGCAGCCAUCAUCCACAGGAAACAGGAAACUCAGGAAAUUUCAGUCUAAAUACUGUAUAAUCCGGAGGAGCCUGGGGAAAUCCCUGUCAAGAGAAGCCAUGCUCCUGCCGUUCAUUGGGAUAUUUGGGCAGCAUUCUCUAUGCCGAGCCUCCUCUUCACCUAGAAGUAGGUGAGGUAAAUCUGUCAGUGAAAGUGGUGGCGAGGAAACAAUGUGGUUGUGCAGUGAACCAACAAAGAUGAAGGACUUUUUUCAUCUGAAUUAUACUCGGACUUUUUUUUACCGAGCAAGUUUCAUUCUGGCUUGUAUACAGCUCUGAAGCAGCUCCUUAGCAAAGGAUUUUCUUCAUGAAAAUUACCAUAUCAGAAGAACAAAAAUUGGGUAUAACAGGAGGCUCCCAGCUUGUGGAGUUUUAAGUUAUUGUGGUGAGAAUAACAGACCCCACUUUCUACAAAUCUAUUUUUGCACAUCUUUUGAGUCCACUUAGUGACUGGAAGGCCAAAAGAUCUCAUGGCUCAGUUGCUGAACACCUCACGCUUGCCUCAUGGUUGAGUAGCUAAAGUCUGCAAAUGUUGCAUCUUGACGUUUAAUCCAGGAGUAAUAGACCAAUGCUCUAUUAAGUCAAUUGAGAUAAAUAUGUUAGGAGUAGGUACCAACCCAGUUGAUGAGGUCAUUAUAUAAAGAGCUGCAAUAUGCAAGGCUUCAGGAACAUUUAAAGGAAAUUGGACAAACAUUGUUUAGGGAAAUAUGCACCUAUUGAAGUGCUAGUACAUCUCUAGAGUUUGAAUAUUAAUGUUUGUAAUCCUAGGACAUGGUUACCUUUCAAAACAUUGGCUGUCAUUGACAAACCAUUCAAGGAGAUACUGCAGCAGCAUUGUAGGAAAAUGGUUAUCUUCUGUCAGUAUUAACCUUCAUCCCACAGAAAGUGAAGAAUCUGGUUAUUGGUUAUUGUUCCGAUUAUUGGUUGUGUGAAUGAUUUCUAAUCACCUUUUUGUGGUUUUAAUGUAAAGUUAUUAACUUUUAGCAGAUUUUGUUUUUCCAUAGAUAAUUUUGUUAGAAACCUUAAAGCUGUUUGUCAGAUUAAACCAUUAAUUACAGAAUUGCUUGCGCCCAAUAUUCAAUGUCCCUCAAAAAUGUAAACAAAUAAAAUUACUUUAAUAAAACUUUUGGAGUCAGUGAAAAGAAUGCUAAAUUAACAUUGGUUUCAAAAAAUGG